AUGGACACCGGACAAAGCCUCAAAGGUUUGCCCCCAGCUGUACCCUCGGGGGGCCCCCCUGGGGGCCCCCCAGGGGCCCCCCACGGCGGAGCAGCUGAGGGCUUUAACAGGCCUUGGUAUGUGCCUUUAGAGUUGCUGCAGCAGCAGCAGCAGCUGCUGCAGCUGCAGCAGCAGCUGCAGCAGCAGCAGCAGCAGCAGCGCCAGCAGAACACGCCGCAGCUCCAGCCCGAAGCGCCCUUCGCUGCGCUCGGACAGCAGCAGCAGCUCCUGCAGCAGCAGUUGCUGCAGCAGCAACUGCUGCAGCAGCAGCUCCUGCAGCAGCAGCAGCAGCACACGCAGUCCCCCCCACAGCAGCAGCCAACGAACAACCAGCAGCAGCAGCUGCUGCUGCAGCUCCAGCAUCUGCAGCAGCAGCAGCUCCAGCAGCAGCAGCUGCAGCAUCAACAAGUGCAGCAGCAGCAAGUGCCGCAGCCCGGGUGCCCUCUUCCGCCUUCCGAGCUGCAGCAGCAGCCGUUGCUGCAGCAGCACCAGAUGCUGCAGCAGCUGCAGCAGCAGCAGCAGCAGGAGCAACAGCAACAGCACAAGCGGGCAAGUCGCGGGAGGAAGCCCCAGAGGACAAGGCAGCAGCAGCAGCAGCAGCAGCAAGAGAGCAUCUACAAGAGGACUUAUGCUGGCAGCAACAGACGCGCAAGAGCAGCAGAUGCUGCAGCAAGUGCAGCAGCAGCUGCUGCAGCAGCAGCAGCAGGAGCAAGCGAGGCAGCAGCUUGUGCAGCAGCAACGGCAGGCGAGGCGACCUUCGGAGCAGCAGCAGCAGCAGGAGAAGCAGCAGCAGCUGGCAGCAACAGCGCCUCUGCUGCUUCUUUCAUUGGGGGCGGGGCUAGCGAGCACGCAGCAGCAGCAGCAGCAGCAGCAGCAGCAACAGCAGCAGGCCCUCCUGCUGCAGACUCAGCAGCAGCAGCAGCAGCCGAAGGAAGCUCCCUCGAGAGCGACCGAGGCUCCCUGGGUUUGCUGCCGCAGCUGCCGCUGGGCGAAGAUGCUGCUGCUGCAGCAACAGCAGCAGCAGCGCAGCAAGCAGCAGCAGCAGCAGCAGCAGCAGCAGCAGCACUGCCACGCUGGCGCCUCCGCCCUGUCAAGAAGCGCAGCAGCUUGCGGCUGCUGCCUUUGAAUGAAAGAAAGGAAUGGCAGGCCCCGGAGCUGCGGCAGUAUCUCAGGGAGCGGGACGUGCGGGCCUAUGCGCUGUGGCAGCAAGCAGUGCAGCGCGUGCUGGAGGAGGGGGGGAGGGAAGCAGCAGCAGCAGCAGCAGCAGCAGCAGCAACAGGCCAGCUCAAUGCCCUCAGCAACAAGAAAAGCAGAAAAAGCGGCAAAGAAUCCAUUCUCGAGCCCCCGAAGAAGCUGCUGCGUCACGAGCCGUUUGAUGAGCAGCUGGCAAUGCAGCACUACCAGAUGCUGCAGCAGCAGCAGCAGCAGCAGCAGCAAGAAGGGUCCUCACCUGUGAAGUCAGAGGACAGCAGCAGCAGCAGCAACAGCAGCAGCAGCAGCAGCGGCCCUGCUGCUGCGUCUGCGGGCGAAGCAGCAGCAGCGGAAACUGGAAGAGCAGCAGCAGCAGCAGGAGCAAUAACAGCAACAGCAGCAGCAGCAGCAGCAGCUCGCGGGUUUUCAGAAGCAGCAAAAGAGGAAGAUGAUGACGCACCGGACCAGCCAAUCUAUGGAUUGGAGCCCUACGACUCCUCUUUGGAAGAAGAAGAAGAAGCAAAACUUCCAGAUGUUUAUCCUUCAGGAAUUCAGCGGCGAAAAGAUGACGCUUCAGUUGACCCUAAGGUAAACCACCACAUGUUUUUGCUGCUGCGAUUUUUGGAUUUGUUCGCCCCCCACAUCGGCUUGGAGGACUGGAGCUUCGAGGCGGUUCAUGACUUGGUGGUUAAGAGAGAACUAAAUGAAUUUGGAGCUCGCUUUUUCUCGCGACUCACCGCUCUUAUCGGCCGUCGCUACACUCCAGGGAACAACCUGUCUAAAUGUCUUUGCAAAAUAAUGGAAGACCGCUCGGCAAUGGACUUUAACUUUUUAUUUCCUCUCGGAAUAAAUCCUUUUUUGGUUCGCGUGUGGGAAGACGUGAAGCCUUACCAGGAGGACCAAGCGGAGGGCACCCUGGAGAUUGUUGCGGAAACCCUAGAGCAGCUGGAAGCUCUUGCUGAAGCUGAGGAGGCAAAAGACCCCCCAGAUGAAUUCUUCCCUUCUCUCUUGAGAGAGAAGCACAGCGACCUUCGUGCUGCUGCUGAAGCUGCUGCUGCUGCUGCUGCAGCGCAGCGGGAGCUGGAGCAGCAGCAGCAGCUGCUGCGGCAGCAGCAGCAACAACAGAAAGCUGAAACUGAAGGUGACAGCACCCAACCAGAGAACGCAGCAGACGCAAACCACAGCGACGCGCCCAUCGAGCAACAGCUAGAGGCCUGCGCGCCCUUGGGGGAUGGCGAAGGCGGUGCUUCUGAGCUAUCGACAGCAGCAGCAGCAGCAGCAGCAGCAGCGCAGCAGCAGCUGCUGCUGCGGUCUCGGCUCUGCAGCAGCCCCCUUACUGCUUCUCCCUUGAUGCCUUUCUCGCCGCCGCUGCAGCAGCAGCAGCGCUCGGGAGCUCUUGCUGCUGCUGCUGCUGCUGCUGCUUGCCCCAUUAUCUCAGCAGCAGCAGCACCCAGUGCUUUGGUGGCGCUGCUGCACCUGGCUCUUACGACGCUGCCGCCGCAGCAGCAGCAGCAGCGGCAGCAGCAGCAGCACAAAGCAGCAAUGAUGGCUGAGACUGAAGACUCGCAGCAGCAGCAGCAGCAGCAGCAGAAGGGGGAGGACGACAGCUAUGACUUGCAGUUGCGCAUGCAGCCGACGCAGCAGCAGCAAACGCAGCAGCAGCAGCAGCAGCAGCAGCAGCACAGGUCGCUGUCUGCAGCAGAAGCAGCAGAACUGCAGAAGCAUGCAAACUUGCUUCUAGAUGUGCAGCAGUCGCUGCUGCUGCUUAAGAAAUUGGACGAAGCGCAGCAGCAGCACCAGCAGCAGCAGCAGCAGCAGCAGCAGCAGCAGCAGCAACACAAGGGAGAGGACGAGGAAUUGCGCGUCCAGGCGGUAAUGGAGUUUUACGGAGUGUUGAGAGAGAAGUGGAAAGAGGCAGCAGCAGCAGCAGCAGCAGCGGCAGCUAUUGGUCCGCAGCUACUGCAAGAAGCAGAUAAAACAUUCAGUCUUUUUCGUGCUGCACCGCAGCAGCAGCAGCAGCAGCAGCAACAACGACAGCAGCAGCAAGAGCAGCUAGACGAGACGCAGCAGCAGCAGCAGCAGCAGCAGCAGCAACAGCAACAGCGCAAUCCCACUUUUGAGGAGGGCCGCAAGCUGCCCCUCACGCCGGAAGCAGCUGCUGCUGCUACGGCUCCCGCUGCUGCUGCAGCAGACUAG